AUGCGCUACCUCUCCGCCGUCCUCUCGACUCUCUUCCGCCUCGCUGCCCUCGUAUUCACCCAGAUUAUCCCCACCCGCCUCGGUCCUCCUCUACUCCCCACUCUCUAUCUUCUCCACCUUGUAUCCGCCUACCUCUUCCACCCAGAGCCCACUCCCCCCAAACACGAAAAGACAAAUCGACCGCAGACUCCCCCCCCUUUUGCCCCGAGCCCUCUAUCCGUCCUCAUCCUCUCCCUCCCCACAACUUCUCGCCUCUUCACCGUAGUCAAUGUACUCAUAAAUACUCUGCUCGCCCUCGCCUCGGCAGACCUCAUCCUCACACCCUUCCUCGACACCGCCUCUGACAUCACCUUCACGCGCGUUGGAGCCGUCUAUCCUGACAGUGUAAAAAUUCAAGCUCGCUAUCCCUUCCACCACAAUCUACUGGUCCUAUAUCGUCAAUUUAACACUUCGGACUGGAAAUACGGUCCUCGCCUUCACCCGACCCAACAAUCCGACUGGGUAGACACCGUCCGUCUCGCAAACCUCUGGCCAAGCACAUCCUACGAAUACACUAUUGCCGAUAUCAAUACCACCAUUCUGCCCAUUGCUUCAGCUCCUAUUCCUUUCCGCACCUUUUCAGACCCUCGUCUCCAUUCCGGCUCCCGCUUCCGUUUCAUUGCUACCUCCUGCACAACCCCAAACUUCCCCUACAGAGGCCCAUUCAACAAGCGUACCAUUAGAGGCUUCGACUUGCUCGCCGACUACCUCAAACCCCAGUCUGUCAAUGCAACUGACGUAAACAAAAACAUAACGACCACUGUGCAGCCUCACAUUGUCAACAAGCCCUCGACUGAUUUUCUCUUGUUCCUCGGCGACUUUAUCUACGCCGAUGUCCCUGUAUACAUUGGAGACGACAAAGAGGCAUACAGACGUCUCUACCGCCGUAAUUAUGCUAGUCCGAGCUUCAGGAAGAUCUACGAGCAACUACCUAUCAUUCACGCCUAUGAUGAUCACGAAUUUAUCAACAACUAUGCCGGAAACUCGGAACAAGCUCCUCCAUUCGUCAAUGCUUCUGGUGCCUACAACAUCUAUGCAGCCAAACCAAACUAUGAUCCUAUCCACCCUGACCAAACCUUCUACAAUUUCCAGCACGGAGAUGUCGCUUUCUUUGUCAUGGACACCCGCCGUUAUCGCUCUCCUUCGAACGGUCCAGACCAAACCUACCUCACCAUGUUGGGCGAGGAACAGUUGACUGCUCUCUUUGACUGGCUCCAUGCGGUCAACGAAACUGCGUCGUUCAAGUUCGUCGUCUCCUCGGUCCCCUUCACCUCUCUCUGGACGCAUGACGCCCAGAUCGACUCUUGGGCAGGCUAUCCCCUCGAGAAGGCCGCUCUAUUACAGGCCUUCCAUAGUGUUCCUAACGUCGUCAUCAUCUCUGGCGACCGCCACGAGUUUGCCGUAGUAGAGUUCAACACGCCUGACCCGCGCAAGCACAUCGUCCGAGAGAUCUCAACUAGUCCUCUGAACAUGUUCUAUAUUCCAUUCAUUCACACCCUUCGCCCGAGAAGUGAGGAGGCUUUCAAUACGACCGUGUCUGUCUCGCUUUCCGAGGACGGCACGGAGACGAUUCAGAAGAUAGAGCAGGUGCCUUUCGAACGCGCCAUUUCCUACAUCCCGAAUGGAAACUCCAAAUGGUCAACGUUCGACAUCGAUACAAAAAACAGGAAAAAGCCCACUCUCCGCCUCGAGACCGUUAUCGACGGAAAGCCUGCGUAUCACCUCCAGAUUGUGGGCGAAUCUGCAAGGCCUCCGAACUUUGCGGGUCUUGGAUCCCUCUUGCCAGGCAAUGUCAUGGACAUGUUCGACAAGCUCGGCUUUAAACCUGGACGGUGGUUCUGA